GGCACAUUGCUCAAUUCUUGGUUACCUACAAUGUCUAUGCGUACCAUCACUCUGCCUGUUCAGCUUCAGCCGUUGCCUGAGAAUUGGGAAGCGAGCACAUCAAAGGGAACGAAACUUUCUGCACCUACUGCGGUCACUCUGCUGCCGUACGGACACGAGUACUCGCAUCACGCAGCGCGCAUCCAUCAUCAGCGCACCUUCGAGGAGCAUGAUGCCUACCUCUCGCUGAAAACCGCCCAGGACGCGGCUGCGAAUGGCGCGGAAGUCGAGGACGACCUCGGCGUAGGCGACGAGGAGGAGGGGAUUGAGCUUUCAACCCUCGACCCGAAGGAGUGGAAGAAGCAGGAUCAUUAUAAAGUAUUGGGUUUAAGCAAGUUCAGGUACAAGGCAACCCAGGAUCAGAUCAAGAUUGCGCAUCGUAAGAAGGUGCUCAAGCAUCACCCUGACAAGAAGGCUGGUCAGGCCGGUGACUCUAACGACGACGCCUUCUUCAAGUGUAUCCAGAAGGCCAUGGAGGUCCUUUCCAACCCAGAAAAACGUCGUCAGUUCGACUCCGUCGAUCCUUACUAUGAGGCACUUGAGGAGGAGGACGAUAUUCCGGACGCACGCCAGAUCAAGACCUUCAAGAACUUCAAAAAAGCGUAUGGAAAGAUCCUCGAACGUGAAGCGAGGUUCUCCAAGGUUACCCCCGUGCCGAUGCUGGGCGAGGAGGAUGCCGUCAAGGACGCUGUUGAGGGAUUCUACGACUUCUGGUACAACUUCGACAGCUGGAGGAGCUUCGAAUAUCUCGACAAGGAGAUUAAUGAAGGAAGCGACAAUCGCGACGACAAGCGCUACACUGAGAAAAAGAACAAGACUGAGCGCGCGCGCCGCAAGAAAGAAGAUAUUGCUCGCGUGCGGCAGCUCGUUGAUGCAGCGCUCGCUGUCGACCCGCGCAUCAAGCGCAUCAAAGCGGAAGAGAAGGCAACGCGUGCAGCCAAGAAAGCUGGUCGUUCGGGUGCCGCUACUCCAGUGAGCGCUGCAGCAAAGGCCGAGGAGGAAAAGAAGAAGAAGGAAGCAGAGGAGGCAAAGAAAAAGGCAGAGGAGGAUGAGAAGGAAGGGAAGAAGAAGGAUAAGGCCGCUGCAGCGAAUGCGGCCAAGAAGGCACGUAGGGCUGCAAGGGCAGCGGCGGAGGCGAGUGGGACUGCCACCCCUGCGAGUGAGGCAACUUAAACUGUGAUGAGUGUAUCUUAUUUGAGUUUUCAACGCUGCCACAUGCUGUUCCUGUGCAGGAAUACAUCCUCU